CUAUCUGCGAGACCCACCUACCCUCCGAUCUAAAAAUAGCUUACAUGUAAUUUUGCCUCCUGCCCUUCCUGCGUACCUACGGCGCCUCCCGCACUUUGUUUUGUAGGCUCUGGCAGUUCAUUUGUAGGCUCGCGUGGUAUGGAUAAUAGUCUGGUAGGAUCGUCUAGUAGGCUCUGGAGGUAUCCUUGGUAUGUGUCCAUUUAUGUAUCGCAUACAAAUUAAUGUACUCAGUACAAGUUUUUCUGUAGGCAUCGUACGCAUGCAGAUCUUCUCUCCAUGACUCUAACUAACUCCCGGAACACUCGUAAAGCUCAACUCGUAUGCUCUGGCCUCGGGCAACACUUUGUAAGUCCGAGGAAAGCCAGAGACAAGAGGAAAACGCAAACACUCGUGGCAUUGCCUGGCGCGGAACUCAAGCGUCGUCAUCUACUUGCUCAAAUGCAACGCCUCAUGGAUCCUACAUCAUCCCAAACAUUGUGUUCUCCUCGUACCACACUGGGUGGUCCCUCUGGUGAAGCAGACAACAUGAACACGCACAAUUUUGAUUUCACAGGCGCUGAAGACCAAAUGUCGGAGGAAGUCUCUUCUGAUAGGCUCACAGACAUAGAGACAAGUCCACGCAAGCGGCGCAUUCUCCCCGAUAAAUCGACAGAUACAUUAUACGCCAACUGGCAGAAGCUUAUACCCACCCUCGUUGACCCGCAAUUGAGUUAUUAUGCUCGAACUCUUGGGCAAGCCUUGGAGAAAACUCACGAUGUGAUCUCAGCAUGCGGGACUCACACAUGCGCUCAUAAAAGGACGAAUAUGUUGUGUUUAUUCUUCGAUAGAUUUGUAUCAAUCGACGUACUGAGCUGCGAAUGCUCCAGCCUUGCGCAGGUCCUCCUUCAUCAUGGGUUAUUCCCUACUUCACCUUCACAACCUCGUAUGGCAGUCUCAGUGGAUCUACUGUCGUUUUAUCGAGCACUCUUUGAGCGUUCUUGUGAUGCAAUCAACGCUCUGGCAUCCGCGCUCAAAACCCACUAUUCACGCCGAGGGUUUCAAGUCACUGACGCACGGGGUGAACUUGUGCAGGAACCCUUUCGUCGCGGUCUGGGCCAUGCCGUACAGUGGUACGAUGUCCUACAGGUCGAAAUCGAACGCCAAGUCGACACAGUUCUCCAACAAAGUCGAGACCGUGUGGCCAACCUCCAACCACCCCAACCACCACCACCUCAAAGUUCAGAUUCAAUUGUCUUACACCGUGGGCGAUGUGCACCACUCCUUGCACAGCGCUGUCCGGCAUGUUUUGGCGGCACACUAUUCGGCCGACCCAUUGAACAAGGUGGAGACAUACAUGUCGCUACGGAUGGUAAUUUCCAUCAUCGUCACCGGCGUUCUGCGGGUGACUGUCCUCGUUUCUAUGAGCCAACUUACUUCCUUUCCAAGCAAUUUGUUGAUGCAGUCGGGCGCCGAAUCAAUGCACAACGUAAGCGACCAGCAAAGGCACACGCGCCCCUUGUCCCUGAUGAAGCUAUCGACCUAUGUGAGAAUGCAUACGAAGCUGCCGACGGGAAGAAACAAAAGGCCGCUAUGGACAGCUUUGACGACACAGGCAUAAUGGCGCUUAUUUGCCGUCAUGAUAUUCCUCUUUUUUUUGCUAACAUCGAUACCCCUGGCGAGCAACAGAAGUACUCUGUUGCGCUGAUUGAACACUUGUUCACAUUGCUCCCUCCUCAAGCCACGGUCGUGACUCUCUACGACGUCGGCUGUGUUCUUGCACGGUCCCUUUCAAAGUUCGAGAUUCUCCCUCAGGAUGUGUUAUUGCGCCUGCGCUUCGCAACUACAGCCAUGCACGCGUAUGGCCAUGAAUGGGCCUGUCAACUGGUGCACAAUCCACGGAUGUGCAUUGGCAUGGGGUUAUCUGACGGCGAGGGGACUGAGCGGUUGUGGUCGCGAUUCAUUCGCCUGAUAGGUGUCGAAAGAUCAUCAUCGCGUCAGCGCCGUAUUUGGUUAAUUGACCGCCAAGCGACUGCGAUAGGAUCUGAGAUGAAAGAUGACCUCGGUGACUGGAUUAAACGCCGUUUGAAACGGGGCAUCAAGGACCAGGGUUCUGUGGCACUCGAUGCUAUCAACCGUUGUGAAACAUCUGUGGAGGACCUACAGGCUCAGUGGGCUGACCAACGACAAUCACAACUCUCAAUUCGCGCUCAUGCUCCUGCUCGCCUCCGAAAAGAACUUGACACUGUUCUGGCUCUACAAUCCGAUUUGGAUGCCUCUGAUCGAGCCUUGCAGGCUACAAGGACUACGCUAGAGAAAGACGCAGCAUCCGGUGAUACCCUCGAUGUCCUCGAGAGCCUACAGAGGGGCCAUGAUCGUCUCAUGGCCAAAGUCGAAGCACUGUAUUCUUCUCUAAAUGUACACGACAGAUUUCCCGAGCUCGAUGGAGUCAAUCUGGACUUCGUCCGUGUACUUCUUAUCGCACGCGAUCUUAAGAUGAAUAUUCGGAAGCGCGCUAUCGCCAGUUUUUUUGAAUGGGAUAAGCUCGAUCGCGCUGUAGGUGGAUCCCAACAAACAUUAGGGACAAAACUUCAUCAACACACUCGGAAAGCCAUUGCAAAACGGCAACCUGCUCUGAUGACGGCCAUCAGAAAAUUUAAUUCAUAUUGUGAGCGCCUAGAGUUACUCUACGAUCCUGCUUGGAACAUCCCGCUUCCCACCGCCCUCCCCACAAAAUUAGCUGAGUUACGUGGUGACCAGACAUUAAUGCAGGAUGUCUGGGUCACACCCUCAAUGGGAGAGGUGCCUCGAUGGCUGGCAGACUCAGAUGUCAGGGAUGGAAUCCGCGCCCUUCUCAAACGUGACCGGUGUCGGGAGGAGCAACAACGCUUAGGUAUGGAGGCGGACAAUUUGUGCCGCUUCUUUGGAGAGGAGCUGACGGCACUGGAGCUUUCACUCCGUUUGCCUGAAAACAAGCGCUUUGUUGUUCCAUUGCAACAGAAGCGCUCUCAUUUCCUCCGCCUUCAGACGCGAUGGGCAAAUUCGCUAGCAUCUUCGGUUCGGUUUACGAGCCGUGCAAAGGAGGCGCUAGAUUGCGCUAUAGCCUACUCUGGAGGUCCUCAAAGUACCACUCUUCACUUGGCGAGUGUGACAGUGCAAGACCCUGUUCCAGAGGAUGAAGCAGUGUUGCCUGAGGUAGACGACUUGGCAGAGGUUGAGCCCGAGCAAGCUGCGCUCGCAGACAUCCUGGAGGGUGAUAUUGCUGGAGCAGAGUUCGUUGAGGACGAAGAUAUCGUGCAUGAUAUUUGUGCCGACAUAGUGUGGGAUCCGCCCAAGGGUCUCCUGAUUGAUGACUUCCGUGCACCAUCUCAAGACUCGCAUACGAUCGUGCCUGGACGUGUAGCCACAAGAACAACGUCAUCGACUGGACGCUUCCCCCAGCAAGUGUUUGAGCCGAGGGAUAUAUCUUUUCUCGCUCGUCCGACUGCAUUCCUCAAUGAUGUAUGUAUCAAUGGCUGUGCCAUCCUCCUGCAGAUGGACAUGCCUAACCCAACCGUGGCUAUCUUCUCUACACACGAUCUGCCUCGCAUCCGCUACAAUGCCGCAGAUGAUAUACUUUGGCGCAAUACAUCCUGGACGUGUUAUUGGGAGAAAGAUGUAUGGGUUCUGCCAAUUCAUAGGCCAGCUAAUGUUGGCCAUUGGGUUGUUUGCGUUAUAUAUUUGUCAAGAAAAGAACUUCACCUCUUUGACAGUCUCGCUGAACAGAAACCGUGGAAACAUGACGUGAAAGAUAUCACGAAACUAGUCUGUCGACUUCUGAUGAUAGCACGUCAACGAGAGAAGGAGGUACAUAUUAAUCUUGAUGGAUGGGUAGCUCGCCCAUUGACAGUUAAAUCUCUCCAGACCAAUGGAUAUGAUUGCGGCAUAUGGAUUUUAGCAGCGAUGAUUGCUGUCCUACGUGGACGGCACAUUACGCGACUACAAGAGGAUGAAAUGAGUGACCUACGACAUUAUCUACGUGCUCGCGUACUUUCCAUACCAGUAUUCUAGCCUGCAUGCAUGUACCAUACCGUUACUACCCUAAGUCUGUACAUAUUGACCAUUGGCAAGCAAUCUAUCAUACUGUCUCCUCCCC